UCGUUCCCUCUCUCUCUCUCUCUCUCUCUCUCUCUCUGUCUCUCUCUGUAUCUGUCUUUGGAGUUUCUGUCUAUUCGGCCCCACCAUCCAUCCCCAUCACAUUCACUCUCCUUUUGCGUUUCUUCCCAACUCUCUCUUUGAAACCAACGAAACCCCCUCACUCAUCACCACUCUCCAUAUGAUCCGGUGAAGAGGCUCCACCGUCUUCCAUGGCUUCCGGCGCCGCUAAUCGGAACGGAACCGGUCACCGCGGCGGCGUCAAGUUGGAUCGCCCUGCUCUCAACCUCAGGACGUCGUCGUUCAAGUCCAGACUCCCUCCUUCCCCUCACUCCUCCGGAUCUGCCGUCCGCCGUAGUGCCCCAGCCUCCUUCCACGCUGAUGGAGUACCUGGAAGAGUUCGAGUGGCGGUGAGAUUGCGACCGCGGAAUGCGGAAGAGAGGGCUGCGGAUGCAGAUUUUGCUGAUUGUGUAGAACUGCAGCCAGAGCUUAAACGGUUGAAACUUAGGAAAAACAAUUGGGAUUCAGACACCUAUGAAUUUGAUGAGGUGCUUACUGAAUUUGCAUCGCAGAAACGUGUCUACGAAGUUGUUGCUAAGCCUGUAGUUGAGAGCGUUCUGGAUGGUUACAAUGGGACUGUUAUGGCUUACGGUCAAACGGGUACAGGAAAAACAUUUACGCUUGGGCGAUUAGGAGAGGAAGAUACAGCUGAUCGGGGAAUAAUGGUCCGCUCAAUGGAGGAUAUUUUAGAAAAUAUAUCCCCAGAGUCGGAUUCAAUCUCUGUAUCUUAUUUGCAACUAUAUAUGGAGACUCUUCAAGACCUUCUUGAUCCGUCAAAUGAUAAUAUUUCUAUUGUGGAAGAUCCAAGAACUGGUGAUGUUUCGGUACCUGGUGCAACUCAUGUAGAAAUCAGAGAUCAACAAAGUUUUCUUGAGUUGCUUAGAUUGGGAGAAACACAUCGUAUCGCUGCUAACACAAAGUUGAAUACUGAAUCUUCUCGUAGUCAUGCUAUUCUGAUGGUACAUGUCAAAAGGUCUGUCAUGGGAAGAGAAGAUAGUCUUUCAGGUGAAAAUGGAGAAUCUUCUCAUCUGACCAAACCUUUUAAGCCACUACUUCGAAAAAGCAAACUUGUUGUGGUAGAUUUGGCUGGUUCAGAGCGUAUUCAGAAGUCAGGAAGUGAGGGACAUAUGUUGGAGGAAGCCAAGUCUAUCAAUCUCUCUCUUAGCGCCCUAGGGAAGUGCAUAAAUGCUCUUGCAGAGAAUAAUGCUCAUAUUCCAAUUCGUGAUUCAAAGCUGACAAGAUUGCUUAGAGAUUCAUUUGGAGGUUCAGCAAGGACUUCGCUAAUUAUCACUAUUGGUCCAUCUCCACGUCAUCGAGGGGAGACCACCAGUACCAUACUAUUUGGACAAAGGGCCAUGAAGGUCGAAAAUAUGUUAAGGAUAAAGGAGGAGUUUGAUUACAAAAGUUUGUCCAGAAGGCUUGAAAUAGAGUUGGACAAGCAUAUUGCAGAAAAUGAAAGGCGGCAAAAAGCUUUCGAUGAUGAACUUGAAAGAAUACACUUGGGAUCAGAAAACCGGAUUGCCGAGGUUGAGCAGAACUUUGCAGAUGCAUUAGAGAAGGAGAGGUUAAAAUGCCAGAUGGAUUAUAUGGAGGCAGUUAAGAAAUUGGAGGAGAAGUUGGUGUUAAAUCAACAGAAGCAUGAAAAUGGUGGCUUAGUUGAUGGUAAAUGUAAUGGAGAGGGACCUGGGUAUCCCAUUUCUGAGGACAUUGCUGAGGUAAAAGAAUUGCUCCAAAAAGAAAUGAACCUAAGAAAGAUGGCUGAGGAGGAGGUCAGAAAUCUCAAAUGCCAAUCAGGAAAUUAUACACUACCAGAGGGAAGUGGGGAUGCAGAGAUCUUAAAGCUUCGAAAGAGUCUGGAGGAGGAGAGACAUCAAAAAAAGAAACUUGAAGAAGAAAUAAUAGUACUACGAAGUCAAUUAUUGCAACUGACGUUUGAAGCUGAUCAGAUGAGAAAGUGUUUUGAAAGAGGUGUGCCUCGAAAUGGAUUUAACGGAAUAGAUUCUUCCAUGUCUCCGUUUAGGCAUUUCCAGUCCAAAGACAUGCAAAAUGGAGAUGCCACACUCUUUGAGCAAGUUGGAUUGCAAAAGAUCUUGUCACUGCUUGAGUCAGACGAUCUGAAUGUUCGUAUUAAUGCUGUAAAAGUGGUGGCCAAUCUAGCAGCUGAUGAUACAAAUCAAAAGAGGAUCGUUGAAGCUGGCGGUCUUACUUCUUUGCUGAUGCUUCUUAGAACCUUUGAGGAUGAAACCAUACGUAGAGUGGCUGCUGGCGCAAUCGCCAAUCUCGCAAUGAACGAAGCCAAUCAAGAACUUAUUAUGACUCAAGGGGGAAUUAGUUUAUUAUCUAUUACAGCAGCUGAUGCAGAUGAUUCCCAGACACUGCGAAUGGUUGCUGGAGCUAUUGCUAAUCUUUGUGGCAAUGAGAAACUACAAACCAAGCUGACGACUGAAGGUGGUAUUAAGGCCUUGUUGGGAAUUGUUAGAUGUGGGCAUCCUGAUGUUCUUUCUCAAGUUGCACGUGGAAUAGCAAACUUUGCUAAAUGCGAAUCUCGAGCAUCUAGUCAAGGGUUGAAAACUGGCAGAUCUCUUUUACUAGAAGAUGGUGCACUUCCUUGGAUUGUACAAAAUGCUAACAAUGAGGCUGCACCUAUUCGGCGCCACAUUGAGCUUGCACUUUGUCAUUUGGCACAACAUGAAGUAAAUGCGAAAGACAUGAUUAAUGGAGGCGCCCUGUGGGAACUAGUUCGUAUUUCAAGAGACUGUUCACGAGAGGAUAUCAGGACUCUUGCUCGUCGGAUUUUGCAUUCAAGCCCAACGUUCCGUGCGGAAAUGCGACGUUUACGGAUAGAGAAUUGAUUGAUUAGUAUUGAUUUUAUGCAAAAUGGCUUUUGGAACUCAUUUUCUUGCGCUCUGUUGGAGCAAUCAUGAAGAGAGAUUCAACUUAGUGCUGUAUAGGUUUUGUGGAGAAACUACUAGUUAUCCUUCAUGAAUCAUGCUAGUGGGGACAUGAGUGACCAUCUGAAGCAAAUUUUGUUUGUGUAAAGGAAGCAAGGGCGAGGGCUUCAGUUUGUAAUCCGUCUACGUAUCUCGUUUGAGCAAUUUAUUAUUGUAGCCGAUUGAAGUGACAAGAAAGCAUAGAAGAGGAAAUAUCUGUAGCUGCUUGAGGGCAAGGCAUUCCUUUUGUUUACAUUUUUAUAGGUAGGCGCAUUCAAGUAGUAUUGUUUGUCAUUGUUCUAUUGCUCAAUUUUUACAAUCAAUGAAGUGGUUUAGUUUUCAUCAAAGCACUAA